CAGAAGUUCAAUGUUCCAGGAUUUGUCUCCAAGCUCUGGACGCUGGUUGAAAGUCCAAGCACCAGUGAUGUUAUAUGUUGGAGCUCGUAACCAAACAGUGACGGGUGUUUGCUGAAAUCUCUUCCCUUGUGUUGACAAGAAUGCCAGCAAUAGGACAUCCCAGCAGCACUGCACAGUACAUAGCCAGUACAUCAUUAAGGGGAAGUGACAUUUGGAAUUAAACAGGAAGUUUUCCAUGCAUUAAUGUUAAAAACAGAACUAAAUAUGCAAAGCACUGGUAGCAACAAGGUUUUAAUUCAGAGAUGAUAUUGAUUCUGGUGCCAGUAAAUGAUUAGGUUUACAAGGGAGUAUUGAACCUAUUGACCUUGUGUAAAUAUACCUGCAUUUCUAGCACACAUCACAUUUAGAGAGAUCCCAUGCAGUCAGUUACCUUCUUUAUAAUGGUACUGAUGUUCUCCUGAGGAAUACCACAUUUUGCCCAUAUAUUCUAAGAAGAAAAGCACCUUACUACACUUCUGGUCAUCAUUCUUAGAGAUUGUUUGGUGUUUACUAAAGAGUUUAUAAAUGUCUUGGUAUUAAGUUAAUGAAUAAUACUUAUAAUAUACUAUUUCGAUGCAAGUGUAAAAGAGUUUUUUUUUUUUUUUUUUACAAGAAUAAAUAACUGUACGACUUGCAAAAAUACUCAAGCAACAACUUUCAUUCAACUAAGCUGUUUUUUUUUUUGUUUGUUUGUUUUAAUAUUACCGUAAGAAUAUUUUAUAACAUUUUUCUGUGUUGGAUCACAAAGAGUGCCAUUUGCAGUGACAUGUUCUCUGUCCUGUUCUUUAGAGAGGACAGAAUUUCAGGGUGGUGGAUGAACAGAAGUUCACAACAGAAAUCCUUCCAAGAUACUUCAAGCACAACAACAUGUCAAGUUUCAUCCGACAGCUCAAUAUGUUACCUGAAAAUCCAGCUGGGUUGCAACAGGCACAGAUUUUUAGUGUCUGAUUAAUACAGAUUGGUGGUUGAUUCAAUCAACCAGUGACUUAUCGUGGCAGGGUGGAGAUUAAAAAAAACCCUGAGUAACCUUACAGUAAGUCUGUGAUGGGUUUCGAAAGGUGGUGAGUGUGGACAGUGGUCUGAUUAAACAAGAAAAGGAUGGUGGAAUUGAGUUUCAUCAUCCUUGCUUUGAGCAAGGCAAAGAGGAUCUGUUGGAAAAUAUCAAACGCAAGGUGUCUUCGGUCAGAACAGAGGCAACGAAGAUCAGCCAGGAAGAAAUGCACAAAGUUUUGUUGGAUGUGCAUCAAGUGAAAGGUAAACAGGAUGACAUGGAUUCGAAACUGGCAACCAUGAAGAGGGAAAACAAAGCUUUGUGGAAGGAACUGGCUUCUCUCAGAAAUAAGCACAGUCAACAACAGAAGAUGAUAAGCAAGGUGAUUCAGUUCAUUGCAAGUCUUGUCAAUGAAAAUUGCGUUGUUGGAAUCAAAAGAAAAAGGCCGAUCAUGAUGUCAGAAGAAGCACCUCUCGCAAAACACAGCCACCCUCAUGUUCUCAGAGCCGAUGAACAGAGUGGUAAUGGUUACUCAGACAGUAAUGACGCUACCCUUUCAAGCAGGGUUGUCAUUACGGACAUCACAAAUAUUUCCGAGCCUGGUAAAAGUGGUGAGCUUUUUCAAACUCUCUCAGAAAAAGACAAAGUUAAGAGGGCUGGCCUGUCAGGUAAAGUAACGACUGAGGCCUGUGACUCCGCUUCUGGAAAGGAUGAUCAGACAGCACCAAGCAGUCCAAUCUCAGCCUCAGUCAGUCCUCCUCAAACCAAGCAAUUAAAUACAGACACCACAGCAGCCUGCACUGAGGCCAGUGCUGCUGAGUUUCCAGACAACUUAAUUGAAUCCAUGCUCGAUGAGGCUGGGGAUGAGGUUGCUCUUCAGGGUGAUUCAAUAGGGGAAAGGAAUGAGGUCUUGGAUUUCCUGGGUAGCGUUGAUAUCAGCUUGGGAAACUUGCACACACAGCUGUCUGGAAAUCAGUUCAACAUCAGGCCUGAAUUGAUUGAUGAACUUUUUAAUCCUGGCAUUUCUGCUAAGGAUAUGAACAUCAUAUCGCCAAGUUCUCCUAAUGUUGGAAUUAUGUCAGAAUAUUUUGAAACCAGAGACAAUGCAGAGACAGAUGAAAUUGACAGCAGUAAUGGGAAGCAUGUAGUUCAGUGCACACACAAUCCCCUGCUAACCUUACUGGAUGAGCUUUGCUGUAGUUUAGAGCCAGAGGUGGCUGGCCCUGCAGAGCCCUCCUUUCUGUCUCUUGAGGAAGAGUUUUCUGUGCCAUUCACAGAUUGCACAACUGACAUGAGAGUGGAAUACAGCCCUAACAACCAAACGACUGGCAUUCGUGAGCUUUACGAGGAAAAGAACAAAGGACCAGGCAACACACCCAAUCCAUCUUUUUCAAAAGAUGUUCUGUACAUGUUGAAUGAGGACACCUUGUGAACUCUCCUUUUGAAGCAUCUCUGUAAAACCUUAAAAAAAAAAAAAAAAAAAACAUUGCAUACCUUUGAUGCUACGA